CGCGCAGCUACGUUAAAUGGCUUCUCCCCUUACUGCACAGCGGUAAUGCAUACUCAUCCUCAGCUCAGUUUAGUUCACGGCUGAGUAAGCAGCACUGUCAUGGAGCAAAAUCACAACCAAGAGGAGCGCAGCGAGCUGUACGCCGGCUUCAGCACGGCUUUUAAAUCGUUCGCCACAGAGGCGAUCCACGUCGGACAGGAGCCGGAGCAGUGGAAGUCGAUGGCUGUGGUGCCGCCGAUCUCUCUUUCUACCACGUUCAAGCAGAGCGCACCAGGAAACCAUGCCGGAUUUGAAUACAGCCGGAGUGGAAACCCUACAAGAAACUGUCUUGAGAAGGCCGUAGCUGCUUUGGAUGGAGCAAAGUAUUGUCUUGCUCUCGCCUCUGGGUUGGCAGCCACGGUGACCAUCACUCACAUGCUGAAGGCUGGCGAUGGAAUCGUCUGCAUGGAUGACGUGUACGGAGGCACGAACCGCUACUUUCAAAAAGUUGCCAGCACAGUUGGUCUGGAUGUGUCUUUUGCUGACUGUACAAAACCAGAGGAGCUGAAGGCUGCUCUGAAAGCCAACACCAAACUGGUAUGGAUCGAGACGCCCACCAACCCAAUGAUGAAGGUGGUUGACAUCAAGGCCUGUUCUGACUUGGUCCACGAACACGACAAAAACAUAGUGGUGGUUGUGGACAACACCUUCAUGUCUGCUUAUUUCCAGCGCCCCUUGGCUUUGGGAGCAGAUAUCUGCAUGUACUCGGCCACCAAAUACAUGAACGGUCACAGUGAUGUGGUAAUGGGUCUGGUCUCACUGAACCGGGAUGAUCUGUACGAACGACUGAAGUUUCUCCAAAAUGCACUGGGUGGUGUACCGUCUCCAUUUGACUGCUUCCUGUGCAACCGAGGACUGAAAACGCUACACCUGAGGAUGGAGCGACACUUCAAGAAUGCCAUGGCUGCUGCCAAGUUUCUGGAGGCUGACCCCAGGGUUGAGCGUGUCAUCUUCCCAGGCCUGCCCUCUCACCCGCAGCACGAUGUGAUGAAGAGACAGUGCACCGGGUGUCCGGGGAUGAUCACCUUCCUCAUUAAGGGGAAACUUGAGCAUGCUACCACCUUCCUCAGUAACCUCAAAAUGUUUGCGGUAGCUGAGAGUCUUGGUGGUUAUGAAAGUUUAGCAGAACAUCCGGCGAUUAUGACUCAUGCAUCAGUGCCAGAAAAAGAGAGGACUGCCCUGGGCAUCAGUGACACACUGGUCCGACUCUCUGUGGGACUGGAGGAUGAGGCAGAUAUCAUUGAAGACCUGGAGCAAGCACUGGCUGCUGCUCAUCCAAAGAAGAAAUGAAAUGUCUUCAGGGCGUCCUCGCGGCCGAGGUUGAAUCAGUCGGGGUUGCGAUGAAGACCAGAGAUACCCGAAGUCUUAAUUCACCGCAGAUCAACGUGUGGUACCUCAGUCCAGCGCACAAACAGCAGAGAUUCACCUAUCAGGGAACAACUUUGAGAUAAUACAAAUCAUACUAUCUGUGAAUAAUUAACCAAUUGUUGCCAUGAGAAUCUUUUUGAUGCCUACGUUACUAGAACAUCAGUUCUAAUCUUAUUUAUCUCAUGCAGGCUUUGUUUUUAUGUUUGUAUGUGUUUUUGUUUUGGAAGCUUUAAAGGGGUGGAGUCUUAUCCAGUCUAUUCAGACGGAUAUGAACAGUUUCUGCUGGAAAAACACCAACACAAACUUUUCUGUAUAAUCUUUCUAUAAAACCUGCAAACAUUUCAGGUUGCAUCCCUGUACUGAUGCACAGAAGUCUCCAAAUGGAUAGUUUUAUGUCACUGCCCCACAGUACAUCUGCAACUGUAAUCUAUAUUAAUAAUUCCCUAUUUCUAUCUGGCACAGUUUGCUCUGUAAGACGUAGAUGUGUAUUAAUGAAUUCCAAUUAGUCAGAUUAAUCAGUCUCUUACAGAGAAAAAUAAUGCCGCCACCUGCUGUCCAAAACUCAGAAAUUUUCUUUUCACUGAUCAAAGAUUUUAGAGCCUCUUGAGAACUAUUAAAAAGAAAAGAAGUAUGUGGAUGCAGAAGUCCAUAAAAAAACAGCAUUUUUAGUUUUGCAAAAAUCUGAUAUUAUCAAGUGUUCUUCAAGACAAAUGAGGCAGUGUUUGGUACACUGUCUUAUUAUGAGAGCAGUUUCCCUGCAAUGACAAUGUUGAAGGUUUUUCAUGAAAACAACUGAAGGCUCUCAUAGGAAUAUUUCUCAGAAUGAUAUCUGAUGUGUGUUCUUGAACCUUAAGUCAACGCAUUUGGGUCAGGACUCAUGUUUUUUUUUUUGUCUGUUCAGACAAUGGUUUCACUUGGGCACUCCCUCCUUCAGCUUUCCCCUCUUUAAACGCACAUCACAUCAGUGCUCAAACACACUCUUCAUUUGGGACUGACUACUCAAGAUCGAUGAGCUUUAUGUAACUGACAAAUCCAUUAAAAUCACUUUGCAGUA